ACGUCGUUCCCCGUUACCACCAACCUAAAACCCUAAACCCUCUGAAACAAUCCAGGGUUGGAACUCACCACCAUGGACACCGUGCACCGCCUCAAGUCGACGGAGCCGCCGCUAUGGCUCUCACCGAGAUCCGAACUCUCGCAAACGACUCGUGCAGCUUCACAGCACCUUUUCGCUUCUCUAAAACCAUUUGCUCCCAAAUCGCCCUUUGAUCGCCUCCUCGUCGACGGAUUCGACGCCGAGCAAAUUUGGCAGCAGAUUGACAUCCAAUCUCAGCCGAUUAUCUCCAGCCUCCGCCGCCAGAUCAAUCGGUUUGAGAAGAAUCCGGAGGAAAUUUCGAAGAUUUUUGGUCGGAAGAAGGUUCGAAGAGUUGAAGAGAAGGUUCGAAAGGUUGAGGAGAAGGUUCCAGAAGAGGAGAUUGGGGGUUUGUCUGAAGAGGAAGAUGAGGAUUUGGAGGAGUUUGACGAAGAUAGCGAAGAGGGAGAGGACGAGGAGAGAGAAAGCGAAGAGGAUGAGGCGGAGGACAACGAAGACGGCGGAGGUGGUGGAAUCGAGGAUAGGUUUUUGAAACUUAAGGGUCUGGAGGAGUAUUUGGAGGCAGAGGAGGACAGAGAGUACGGAUUGAAAAGUAAAAAAGGUGGUAGCGAUGCUUUGAAAGAUGGUGAGGACGAGGAUGAGGAUGAGGAGGAGGAAGAGGAGGAGGAGGAGGAGGAAGAUGACGAGCUUGGAGCUUUUGACCUUGAUGAUGGGGAAAAUGAAGGCAUGGAUGAAUUGGAUGAUAUUAAAUAUGAAGAUUUCUUUGGUCCUAAAAGGAAAGAUUCAAAAAAAUCCAAAUUGACUGAUGGGUUGGAAGACUCCUACAGAAGUGAUGAACAAGAAGAUGAUCAGGCAACUGAUAAUAAGAACAAAGUUCUUUCUACCCAUGAGAAAGAGCGUGAGAAUGUUCGAGCAAAGAUAGAGGAGAUGGAGAGAGCAAAUUUGGAGUCAAAAACUUGGACCAUGCAGGGAGAGGUAACUGCUGCUAAAAGGCCAAAGAAUAGUGCUUUAGAAGUUGAUCUAGAUUUUGAGCACAAUGUGAGACCUCCUCCUGUAAUCACAGAGGAGGUUACAGCAUCCAUUGAAGAUUUGAUCCAAAAAAGAAUCCUUGAGGGUCGUUUUGAUGAUGUUCAAAAGGCUCCACGUCUACCGUCUAAGGCACCGAAAGAAGUUAAAGAGAUGGAUGAAAAUAAGAGCAAGAAGGGUCUUGCUGAGAUUUAUGAGGAAGAAUUUGUUCAGAAGACGAAUUUGGAUUCUGCCCCAUUGUCCUUCUCAGAUGAACAAAGGAAAGAGGCAAGCAUGCUGUUCAAGAAACUUUGCUUGAAGUUGGAUGCUCUUUCGCAUUUCCACUUCACUCCAAAACCUGUUAUAGAUGACAUGUCUAUACAAACAAAUGUGCCUGCUCUUGCAAUGGAAGAGAUUGCACCUUUGGCAGUUUCAGAUGCAGCUAUGCUGGCUCCUGAAGAAGUCUUUGAAGGCAAAGGAGAUAUUAAGGAAGAAGCAGAGUUAACACAGGCAGAGAGGAAGAGGAGGAGAGCAAACAAGAAGAGGAAAUUUAAAGCCAACACAACAAAAAGAGCAGCAAAGAAGGCACAGGACAGCACAUUGCAAAACAAUAAAGAGGGCAAAGAAGAAGCAUGAGUUUUCACAUAAGAUUUCAAUUGACGACAAUCUCGGAAUGCCUUCAACCUAAAAACAGUUGCAGUUUCAGCACUGCUGGCUGAUGGAAGAUGGUCUUCAUUACUUCCUCAGGACUUUGGAAGUGAGGGGGGGAGAGGGUGGAAGAAAAAGAUGAAAUUCAUCUAGGAGUGCCUGGCAGAAUGUUGGCUGGGGUUAGCCACUUCUGUUGUUUCAAUGUAAUUUUUGGAAUUACAAAAGAAUUUUGAUUGAUAAGUUAAUUUAUUUUUCAUUUACAUCCAAGUCAUGUUAUCAUUCCUUAGUAUUAUUCUUGCAACUGUCAAUGAUUAUUGCGUAGUAACAAGAAGUGAUUGUAUCAAGCAAUUAAGCAUCUA